AUGUCGUCCUCCAAAGGUAAAGGCAAAGCCCCUGCUACCAAUCCUGAACAAGACUCUCAACCGCAGUCGCUAUCUCAAUUGCAACCUAGUCCCAUCACAUACAGAAAAGGCAGGAAGUCAUUUGCCCCUAGGAUAGGGUACGAUGUGGAUUGGCUGCGUGAAUUGUGCGAUAGUGUCCGAAGUAAUCUCUAUGAGGGACGCCCUGAACCCAGGUGGGACGAAUUGAUGGGCUUUCUGAAAGCAGUCUUGGGGGACGAAAAUGACGGUAGUCGCGCCAUAGAAUUCGAGACUAUUCGGAACACUCACCUGGACAAGCUCAUAUCGGAAAUCAUCAAUCCGAGAUAUCGACACCCCAGAGUACCGACGAGAUUCACGACAGAUAUCCAGGUGGCAGAACGACUAGAACGCAAAUGGGUCGAGCGGUUUCGAGGUCCCUAUUUCCAUAUCGAGCAGCAUCGCUAUCGCGAAUUAUCCAGAGACGGCCGGCUCAGAGAUGUGACGUUGAAUCUUGAUGCAGAAAACCCCGAGGACCGCUGGCAAGCCAACGAUGGCGAGACUCUAUCAGAGAUGGAGGGAAAUCUGGAGAUCGAACCUGGGCACUGGUGGCUCAAUUUGGCUUGCGCACAUCGGGAUGGUAUCGUCGGUAGCAACCGCGAGAAACCCACCAAAGGGAAAUAUGGAGUUGCCGCUCUACCGUUACUCACCGGACAAGAAAACAUUGAUUAUGACGACGGAGCCAUAAGAUAUUGGGAGCUACAUUUCGCAUCCUUCGUGGGUAUCGUCUCAGAAGUCCCUUUGCGCCAAAAGCUGGUAUACGUUACGAUGGUUUGCAAGUUUCCCCGAUCGUCGGACAACUACAGAUUUCUAAUUUGCAGUAGAUACACAAUACGCCGAUAUAGUCAAUGGUUUAACGAAGUCAGCGAAAGGCACCAUAUGAUGCUCACUCUGGAGAGAGUUAGCGACCAGCAACCGAUAGAGGACGUCCUUAAUAUACCCCGUCCAUCUGAGUUGGACGACUGGGACCUCUACCAGAAAUAUGAGAGCGAGUUAAUCAAGCAGAAGAGAGGAUCCAAGGCCUUUCUGGAUUAG